GUGGUGGUGGCGGCGGCCGCCAUGUUGUGGUAGUUUGUUGUUCUCCUGCGGUGGGUGCGUGCGGAGGGACGGCGGGAGGUGGAACCGCCGGUCGCUGAAUCUGAGCGCUGCCCCGUCCAUCCGCUCCUGGGGGCGGCACGGUGUCGCUGCCGGGAGCCGCCGCCGCCGCCGCCGCCUGGGCAAGGUGAAGAGCCAUGGCUGCCGCUCUGGGAGGAGGCGCAGAUGAUGACUUUGAUCAGUUUGAUAAGCCUGGUGCAGAAAGGUCUUGGAGAAGAAGAGCUGGAGAUGACGACUGGGACAGUGAACUUGAUGAUGACUUGCUUGGAGAGGAUUUGCUAACUGGCAAAAAGAACCAGUCAGACUUGUCAGAUGAAGAGCUGAAUGAUGAUCUUCUGCAAAGUGACAAUGAAGAGGAACAAGAAUUUCGUUCUCAAGGUGUCACAGUUAGCCUCAAUGCUACAUCUGGCAUACUUUCAUCAUACAGCCUCUCUGAGACCAUCAAUGAUCCAUCGAUAGAACAUGAGUCUGAGUAUGACCAAGGGGAAGAUGAAAUUGUUUAUGACAAAUCUGAGGCACCUGAAGUUUAUGCUUCAGAGUAUGCAGAGGAAGGACAUUAUGAAGUCAAUGAUCCUGAACUGACAGAAGAUCAAAUAGAAUAUGGGGAAGAGCCUGGAGAAGAUGAUGAAGUGCUAGACCUUGAAAUCAAUGAACCCCUAGAUGAAUUUCCAGAUGAAGACUACAUGCAGUCAUAUAAUGAGCAAGCAAUGGAAGAUCAAGAAGAAUAUACAGCUGAUGAGGAGCUGGAAGAAUCCCAGACAAUGACAAAUGAAUCAGAAGAGGCAGCUAUUGAAUCUCUGGAACUUCAAGAAGAAGCAAAAGAAGAAUCUGAUGAAGAGGAGGAUGAUGAUGAAGAGUCUGGACGAUUACGUUUCAAAACUGAACGGAAAGAAGGAACGAUAAUUAGGCUCUCAGAUGUGACAAGAGAAAGGAGAAACAUUCCAGAAACUUUGGAACUUUCUGCAGAAGCUAAAGCAGCAUUACUUGAAUUUGAAGAGAGGGAAAGGCAGCUCAAACAGGGACGGUAUGGCUCAAGGAGAGGAGGGAGAAGAGGAGGCUCGAUUAUGUGCCACGGAAUGGGAGAACAAAGGAGAGACAAUAAUGAUAGGGGAAGAAUGAAGGAUCACAGGCCUGCACUGCUGCCAAACCAGCCAUCAACAAUGACUCACUCACAGAGGUUAAUUCCAACACACCAGCAACCUGUUAGGAGUCUGUUCCAGCAGCACCAACAACAGCAGCAGCAGCAGCAGCAGCAACAGCAACAACAGCAGCAGCAGCAACAACAACAGCAACAACAGCAGCAGCAGCAGCAACAGUUACAAUCUCUGCUUCCUUUACAGCAUCAGCAUCAUUCUUCUCCUCCUCCAGGGCUACAUAUGCCCCCUCAGAUAGAAACACCUAGAAUAAUGAUGACUCCACCUCCAGUGACACCUCAGCAACCGAAGAACAUACACAUAAAUCCACAUUUCAAGGGGACAGUAGUGACACCUGUACAAGUGCCCUUGCUGCCUGUUCCAGCCCAGCCAAGACCUGCUGUAGGACCCCAGAGAUUUCCUGGCCCUCCAGACUUUCAGCAGCAUACGCCUGGACCGGUUCCUACCAACUUCACUCAAGCUCCGAGGCUGCCAAUCCAGGACCAGUGGAGAGGGCCACCACCACCACCACCACCACUUCCUCCUCCACCUCCUCAGGAAAGAGAUCCUUUCUUCAUAGCAGAUCCAAGGUUUCCAAGUCAUCACUUGUUUGAGCAGCGAAGCCCCCCACCACCACCACCUCCUCCGCUUCUUAACAGUGCGCAUCCUGUCCCCACCCAAAACCCAAUGCCGUUCACCCAGCCUGGGCCGGUGUUCAAUCAGCAGGGACAGCAACCUGUGUUCCCCCGCGAGCGGCCAGUACGGCCAAACAUGCAGCCUCAAGGUCCUGUGGGGAUUCUCCACUUCAACCAGCCGGGCUCAGCAAAUCCACGGCCGUUCAUCCCUCCAAGGCAGCAGUUCCUGCAAGCCCCCGGACAGCCCUUCCUCGCUGCGCACACGCAGCCCAGCAUGCAGGUAUGCCUCUGCCGCAGCAAGGGGCCUGCGGGAGGGGUCUUUAAAGGGGCGCAGUGUGGCCUUUAUCCAGACGAAGAUGAAGAAACUCGAUUGUAUCGUUUGAAGAUAGAAGAGCAGAAGCGUCUAAGAGAAGAAAUUCUGAAACAAAAGGAGCUGAGACGGCAGCAGCAGGCUGGUGCUAGAAAGAGAGAAUUGCUCGAAAGACUUGCGCAGCAGCAGCAGCAUCAACCUUCUACGCAACAGUCCUACAUGCAGCAGGAGGAUGACUCCUCCGAGUUCCCCACCAAUGGCAGCCCUUACAUACCCCACUCGGGCUUACAGACCAGGCAAAAUGUGAAAAACAGACUCCUUGUUAAAAAACAAGAUACAAUAGUUGCAAAUACCCAACCCAAACCCACAGAUUUCCCACAGGUUGGGGUGACUAUGCAGUACCAAGGACAGCAGAUGAAGCCAGUAAAGCAGCUGAGGCAGACUAGAACAGUACCUACGAGUCAGCCUCAGGUGCCUCAGAAAGUAUUACAGACAAAACCUGCUGCAGCAUCACUACCCACGACACAGACUGGUCGAUUGGCUUCAGUACAAGCAAGGCCCCAGGAACUGAAACCUGGCGUGAAACGGACUGUCAUGCAGCGGACAAACAGUGGUAGUGGAGAUGUGCCCCAUGUCGGCAGCAAAGUCAGGGUGAUUAAAUUGUCAGGAGGGCAGGGGGGAGAGGAUGCUGGCUUUUUUCACCCAGAGGGCCAGCCCCAGCGGCCUCAACAACCCCCGGAGCCGAAACAGCAGCCAGUGCGGAAGGUCACAUUGACAAAGGGAAUGCAACAGCAGCAGCACCAACAGCAGCAGCAGGCUCAGAUCCAUUCACCAGCUCCUCAAGGAGUCAAAAACAUCCAGGGAAUCCAUCAACCUAAAAAGGUCAUUAUGCAUGGCAGAGGCAGAGGAGUAGCAGGCCAGAUGGGCCGAGGACGCUUGAUGCCAAAUAAACAGAACCUGCGAGUGGUGGAGUGCAAACCUCAGCCCUGUAUUGUGUCAGUUGAAGGGCUUUCUUCAUCAACUACUGAUGUCCAACUGAAAAACCUGCUGAUGUCAGUGGGACCCAUUCAGAGUUUACAGAUGCUUCCUCAACAACGGAAAGCCAUAGCAAAAUUUAAGGAGCCAGCACAUGCUUUAGCAUUUCAACAGAAAUUCCACAGGCAUAUGAUAGAUCUGUCCCACAUAAACGUGGCACUGAUAGUUGAGUGAUGUCUGCUGAGAGAAACCCUGACACUAACAGAAGCAUACUGUGGAGCUACAUGAGGCACAGUGGCAAAAACAUCGGGUUGCAAAACUUUUCGGCUUGGUCUUUAAUUGCUAUGUUGAACUACAGAGAGCAGCAAGAUGUCCUCCAGAAGAGCUGAACUUGAGAGGAUCUGCAAAGGUGGAAUUUCUGUUUGGUUUAUUCAUGUUCUGUUGUAACCACGUGGAACUACAGAUUUUUUUUUAUUUUUUUUUUUCAAAAUGCUUUCAAUGCAUGUAGACACUGUUCUUCAAGAUCCUACUGUGUGACCACAGUGACUUGAGAGAGAACAUUUACAUCGAAAGAUUAAAAAACUUUCUUCAUAGCAAAGAAUAUUUGAUAAUGGUUGCUCUUAUCUUCAGUGCGAGGUAUUUGAAUGAAAACACACUUUUCUAAACAAAAUACAUUAGUUGUUGUAUAUAUUGAGAGCACAGAAGGUAUGCUUGCAUAGAUUUAAACGUGGUCUACUUCACCGAAUAGCAGUAUGCUGAGAAGUUUUGGAGGUGACACUGGAAAAUUGUAGUUUUGAUCUUUGUAAAUAAGUUAAGUCUGUCUUUGCAUUUUUCUAUUCCAAUGCAGAUUUCCAUCUUCUUCCAACUCCACUUACUCCAUAAAAACCUGUGUAGGAAUAACAUUACUGUGUUUUCCCUUGGUUUUUAAAAACAAGGAUCUUUACCCUUCAGUAGCAUCGUGGGGUUGUGAACUCCAAGUUGAAACUAGAUGGUUUUAAAGGACAUUGCCAGAUACAAGGAAAAAGAAAUAUUUGGUGGCUCACUUCACAAAUGUUACACAGGAAGAAUGGCACAUUCCUAAUAGUUCUUUUGAGCUAGUGUUUCAACAUUGCCUUGUGCUUUAUUUUGAUUAGUUUUUUUUUCUUUGAGAUUUAUUUUGUGACUGACACUGAACCAUAAGAAACCCAUAACCAAAAGGACUUGAUGUGUUGUUCCCAGUAAAUAGAGGACAUUGUGAAUCUGUUGGUGAACAUGACGGUUCCCAAAAAUUACAUGCAAACAUUAAGGAGCUUAUAUUUUAUUCAAAGUAAAAUUCAUAAUAUUUCCUUUUGGUUAGAACCAUCUAGAUGGUGUUACCAAAGGAACAAUUUCUUCACUUACUUCUGAAUAAACUUAUUAAAAUGUCAUCUUUACAUUGGAUUCCAGUUUUUAUGAAUAUUUCCUUAGUUUUUAGACUGUGAAGCUUUUGCCUCAUCCUUUACUUUAAGCACUCCACCUACUAUUUGAUGGGGAACUUGCAGAAACCUUAUAGGUUUGUUACUUGAAUUGACUGCAAAAGAACAGUAUUGGUAUGUAAGGAAACAGCUGUGAAUGGAGUGCAAAAUAGGCAUGCAGAGUGUGGAAGGAUGAACUGAGCAAGUUUAUAGUACCAUAGAUUUUUAAUUUUUUUAAUGGUAAUGAAGUCACAAAGACCUAAUUGGCUUUCUUACAGUUUUAGUCCAGAUUUUCAAUUAAGUAGAAUAAAAAUAAUGAUUGAAUAAUAAGUACUGUCAAAAGUGUUGUAGGUAAAACUGCUCUUUGUUCAUUGAAAUAAUACAGAAUAAUGUGGUACUUAGGAAAUACUGCACUGGGAAAAAAAUUGAAAGAAUAUUCUAAGCCCAUUUACAACUUAGUGACACAGUAACAUGAGAAUUUUUGCAUAGAAUUGAGUUUUACACCCAGCUGUAUAGUUCCCCAUUUAUGCAUAAUAUUGAAUAACAUCCAGUACAGUUACUGUACAUAAGGUGCUGUUAGUGCUUCAGGGUAGACCCAAGCCCAGGACAGAAUGAGCUGCAGUUAGGAAGUGCAUGGUGGGAACAGACCCGGGAGACUCAUGUGAGGUGAUUGCCCAGUGCUGUUUAACCCCUCACACCAUGAGUACUAGGACUCCUAUGCUGCCUCCUCAGGUUAUGUAAUUUUUACUUUUAAGAAAUAAAUGCUUAUCCUCAAAACAAGUCAUUAAACAGUUAUUCAUCCCAUUGUUAGGGAGCAGCUUCUCAGUAAUGAGAAGGAUGGAAAGUCAUCUCAGAGUAGAGUGAUAAUCGUGCGUGUCUGGAAAUCUGGGUUAGAUGCAAAUGCCAGACAGGCCAGCAGCUGAGUUCAGCAGUAGGAACAUCUGCAGUUGAUCAGCUGUCCUGUCAGAAGCAAACGUUAUUGGGGUUAGAGGGUUUCUUGGAGCCUAAGAAUAUGGGUUUGAUUCAAAAGUCAAAGAAGUUUUUAGAAACACUCCUGCUUUGGGUUUUGAAUCCAUCCCAAAGAGGCUGAGGUUCAGCCAACUUAAGUUUGAAGAAUUUUUAUUCAGUUGGGUUUUUUAAAAAAAUAUAUUUUUGAGACAAAUGUGUGGCUUUGGAAUAAAGACAUGAAAUUGCCUCGGUUCUAUUUAAAUAUAGGAGGCAACAUAAGCAAUGCCUGUUUAAUGACUAGAUGCAUCCUCUUUAAAGGCAGUUGCAGUAGAUUAUUGCUUGUGCAUAGGCAGGGUAUGGGCAGAUUGCUGGUGGUGAUUUUAGCUGCUUAUUGCAGUACCUGAGUAUCUUACUACAUGUAAAUGUACAUAUGUAUGUAUGUCUAUAUGCAUUUUAUUAUACACAUACAUACAUACUCACACCCUGUGUUGUCACCAUAUCUAAUAUCUUAAAAAACUCAGUAGCAAAAGUAGCAAUUAGGCGAGUCAUUUGUUAAAAUGUUCGUGUUUUGUUAGUUCUCAAAUCCUAACCUAAAAGUGGGUCUCUUGGCAAUGAUCAGUUUGGAUGGUAACAGCUCUUUUGGAUCCAUUUGUUGUCUCCUCCUAAAAAAAACCCAAAGGAAGUAGAGGUAAAGCUAGACAGAUGUGUUCUUGCCAUGUUCUCUUUCAGCACAUAGUUAAUCUGAGUAUCUUAAGUUAACUUUCUUGGAAGAUCUGUUGCAACCAUUAUCUUGUUCUUUCUUUAUCAUGCAUUCAAAAUAUGAUGCAAAAUGGAAAAAAAAAAGACAAAAGCAGUCAUUUAAUGUAGUAUGUAAAUAUUGACCUUUUAAAAUUAAAAUGUUACUCAAAGUGCUUACAGUCACCACAUCUUAGCUACUUGUUAGUUUUGUGUUGUCUUAUCUAAGUUUAAUGGAUACAGUUCCAUAAAUGUUGAUGUGUUUUUGUGUAUAUCUUCAAAUUUUUAUAAAGAUGCUAGUAAGUCAAUACAUAUAUCCUGACCUGUGUAUUAUUUGUUCACAGUUUUUAUUAGUAUAAUUCUAGAAUUAUUUUAAUAGGCAACUCCUAUAGGUGAUUAUAUGGAGCCAACUUUUUUUUUCAAAUUAUUUUGUUUUCAUCUUGUAGCACUGGAGAAUUCACUUUAUAACUAACCAUUUUGCCUUGACUGAAAGAUUGGAUUGGCCGUAUGAUCUGUGGUAUUUUAGUAGAAUGUUCUACUUUUUUAAAUUAAAAAAAAAUAAAUCUCUGUCCUUUAACUUAUGAGGGGAGAUACAGUGGACUGUCAGACCAAGACAUGGGGUUUCUAGGUUUGUUCCAUUGUGCUGUACAGGUGCAAAUUUGGUCUGUCAUGUAACAUUGUUCUCAAAAGUUUGGGAUAUUUUGGUUUUACACGUAAUUCAAGAUGUCAUGUAACACGUUGGUUCAUCACAAUGUUAGCAACUGAUGUGGCACACGUACUGUAUGAUGGAUAGAUCGGUGUGCAGUGUUCAAAAAGCUCGGUGUAAUUCAUGCUAGGCAGGAGGAGGGCAGGUCCAUAGAAUCUUCACAGUUGGAGAAGCUGCCAUGCGAAUGUUUUUCUCUAAGUAGUGGUAGAGAAUAAAUUUAGUCAGGGAUACUGUUCUUCACCCACAUACAUCUCUAAUAUGACUUCAAGAAAGAACAGUAAAUACUGGCACCACCUCUGUAAAGUAUCUUCAGAUACCUAGUUUAUUCCCCAGUUUAAAUCUGAAGAUUUAUUUCAAAUUUGCAAAUUUCUGCAAAGAAGCCCUUCUAGCCAUUAAAAUGCCAAGCAGACUGAGCGUUCCAGGAACGUUCUUCGAUGUUAGGUUUCCACUUCAGGGAUAUAGAUAAGAGAUUUUUUUUAUAAAACUGUUGGAUAUUUCAGAACAGCCUUGAGGGCCUUCAUUGUUUUUUUUUUCUUAACAUUAUCUAGCUAUUUGGAAUAAGAAAAAACCUUAUGCUUGGUGCUGAAUUUUUUCAUAUUUUUUUAAAAGUGUCUUUUGUCUGUUUAGCUUGAAAUUGUGCAGUUGUCCCAGAAGCUGCAGUAGGCGCUUCCUAUUGUUGCACACAGUAACUGCGUGUCUGUAUGUGUGUGUGGGUGCGUUGCCCUUAUAGCUGGAGUGAGAGGGUGUGUGGGAGGGUGUGGGGGUUUCACUUCAUGGGGAUUUUUUGCCUGUUUUUUGUCUAAGUUGGGAGAUAUCCUGGAUUUGUUCUCUGGCAUAGCAUUGUGGUGUUCUUGUCCUCUGCGUAGUACUGUGUUUAUGUGGGUCAUGAUACUCAAAGGUGGAAAAUUGGGUUCACCUGUUCACUGUCAAAAAGGCAUUUUUGUUCAGAGAGACAUGAACCUUUUUAAAUUUUUUUUUUUUGCGCAUUUGUUUUUUUAGCAGCAUGUUGGAUGAGAAAUUAAAUGUGAAGGAUACAAAUACUGAACAGAUUGCAGAAAGUUAGCUAUGUUAUAAAGGUCAUUUAGGGUAACAUAGGGCUUUUGUUUCAGUGUUACCUUAAAUCGUACCUUAACCUCUAAUUAAUUUCUAAACAUACUUGAAAGUAUUUUAUCUUCAAUUAGUAUCAAAUCCUAAGGAUUUUAUGUAAGGUUUUUUUGUAACCUGAUUUUUAAUCAUGGAAAUGACUUAUCCACAUGAGCACAGGGUCUUGUGUACAAAAACACUGAUUCAUAUUGGAUCCUUACGUAUACCAACUUGUGGUAUAAUAUGGUUGGGAAGGAUCAUUUUGUUCUUUAUAAUACUGCUUUUUGCAGGGUUGGGGUUUUUAUUAAAAAACCACCUCUGUUUUCUACUUCUGUGCUUAUUUUGGUGGAAAGUGUGGUCCUUGUUGCACUAAAGAAAACCUCAAGGGGGAAGUUAACUUCACUGGGUCUUGUAGGUGCCUGUGUUGCUUUCUCACUUCUUGGAUGCACUGAUUUUUCUAACUAACUGGAAAUGGGCUUGAUAUAUACACUGUUUUUCAACAGGUGACAAUGCUUUUAUUUAACAUAACUGCACUUGGGUUAAGCAAUUUUUACCAUUUAAAGAAUUCUAAACAGUAUUACAAAUUAAGAAUAUUUUUGUAAAAGAACCUGUGUAUAGUUGAAUGUGGCUGUAUUGCAAUGUUGUGUGUAGUCACUUGAAAGAUCACAAUUUAAAACACUUCUGUAUUAAUGUUAUGUUUGUUCAGUGGUUCAGGAUUUUCUUUGUGAGCAUCUCAUGGUUUUUAAUAUGCAUUGUAUUUUUUUCCUAGUCAGGCUGACUUUGGAACCCUACAGUUUUAUUUCUAUUUAUAUAAUAACAAAACCAUUGUUUUGCAGGAUUUCUUUUUCAGAUGGUGAAGCAUCUUUCAACAGUUUAACUUCUAAUUAAUGCACAUUUUCACUUACAGAUACAGCAGAGACAAGAUGCUAACGCUCAUUUAUUCACAGCUGAUCUUUUGUACCAUUUGCAUUCAAUUUUUACUGAGACAAAGUGCCCUUAAAAUAAGUCAGCUUUCUUUUUUCCUUUUGUACCCUUUGCCUCUACCCUGUGCUUUACCUCAUUUCCAUCUCAUUUGCCCCCCGUUUUCCAUCCCCACAAGGAUAUUUGUAGCCUUGUUAUGUUCCUAGUCUCUUCACUCCCUGAUCAUCUCUCCAGACCUUUUCCUAUCUAAGUGCAUUGCACUCAAUCUUUUGCUCUAUUGUCUCUUCUUGUAGCUCUUCUGAGGAUACCUGAAGCCCAGAUCUCACACUCUGAAAGCACAUUGUACUGUACUUCUCUUUGCAGAUUUUCAUACAUAAAGUUGAGGUUGCUUUUACAGGUGUCACCACAGAAGAUACUGGCCAUUCCAAAGCACUGGAGAAUCAUCACUUAAGGGUUUUGUUUUGCAGUUCUGCCUGUGUUGGAGAAUUUUGUUUACAUUUCGUUUACAUGCUCUCUAGCAUUUGUGGCAAGCCAGACAAAACACGAUUAACAACUCUUUUAUCCUUUUCACUUUUUCAGGAGUUCUGUUCUUGAAUUCAGUGAUAGUAAUAGCACUUAUUUUUAUUGCCAUGUAGAAAUAUGAACACUGUCGACACAAUUCUACCUCCUAUUACUAUUACUGAAUGUGAUCCUUCCUAACCUGUAAAGUUUUAAACACUGUAUAUAUUUGGGUAUUUUGAGAAUCACUUCAAAUGUAUUGCUCUAAUCUGGAUUACAGAGUUUGCUAGCAGUUCAGGAUAUAAAUUCAACAGCCGACUGUAUCAUACUGACUCCACUGGGGGUUCGUCUGCCUCAUGUUUUCUACAGCGUCAUCUGCACAAGGUGUUCACUACUAAUUUCUUGAGUGUAAUACUGAACUCUAUACCAAAUCCUUCCCUUGCAUAAAAGAUCUUUGUCAUACCUAUUUAAGUGAAUGUAAAAAAUGGAAGCACAAAGAUGAUCUCAUGUAUAAGCUUUUUAACAUGUAAUUCCGUGUUUAAAAUGUCAACAUGUAAAUAUAUUGUACCGAAGAUGUCAAUAAAACUUGAUCUUUAUCAUA